AUGACCAAUGGUAUGAUUGUAAUCUCUCAAGAGAAGAAAGAGAAAGCAAAAUCGUUAAUUAAAUGGGUUGAUGAUGGAAACAAAUUCGGGAAACGAAUGCUGGAAAAAAUGGGAUGGACAUCAGGUGCUGGAUUAGGAAAAAAUGAAGAUGGACGAACUGAACAUGUUGAUAUGAAAUUCAAAGCUAAUUUGAAAGGAGUUGGCUUUGUUAACGGUAAAUACGAUGAUACAUGGCUUGCACAUUCUCAAUCCUUUGAUAAUGUUCUCGAACAAUUGCAACAGUCUCAUCCAACAUCGAACUCGUCUUCUCUUCAUGAUUUCAAUCAAACUGUUCGACAAACGAAAACACGAUUCACAUAUAAAAAACAAUCGAGCGGCAAAGAUCUAAGUUCAAGAUCAAAUCACGAGCUCGAUUGCAUUUUCGGUUGGAAUAAAAUUCAGCAGAAUAAUGCAAGUAAAUUAGAAGAACAAGUAGAACAAGAAAAAGAUUCUGAUAAAGAAAGUGAAACUCAAUCGGAUAAUAUGUACGUGACUAGCAAACAAUCGGUACAUGAUUAUUUCAAAGAAAAAUCGAAGAAAAAAGCGAUGAGUCUUGUUCAGCAAAUAGAAGAAGCUUCACCCGAUGAACAACAACCGGAAAAAAAGAAAAAAAAGAAAGAAGAAUCGAGAAAACAAGAAGAGAAGGAUCAAGCAAAUGUCGGUUUGGAAAAUCCAUAUCCUGACUCGAAUCUGCUCGAGUUAGAAGGCUACAAAGGAUGGACAAUCGAUUCGUCGAUUGACAAAAUCAUAAAGAAGAAAGAAAAACAAAAGAAGCGUAAACAUAAAAGUUCCUAG